UUCCCACAUAAACCCUAAUAAUAUCUACACUGAGCAAAAUCACAACAGUUUUCUGUGAUAUGGUGACCUAACGAAGACUUAACCUUUAUUCUAUAACUCGUAAAAUAUGAAUGGAACUGAAAAUUCAAUAUUAUCGGAAAACGUUUUUGAAGAAAACACUACUGGAUUAUUUAUUCUGUGGUGUUUCUAACGAUGUUCAAAUCUGGACUGAUGAUUUUUCUAAUUGUGUCUUCCAUAACUGCCGCGGAGAAUUCAAAGAAUCAUGAGACAAAAAGGAUCGUGUACUCUACUAUACCAGAAUCUGAAGAGUAUAAAUAUGGCUGCUACGGUAUCCAAGAUGGAAAUGUUUACAUGGACGCACAGUGUCCAUCAGAUGGUCGGAUUGUAGUCCGAGACGUCUUCGGAGGAGCCAAGAUAAACGUAACAGGCUGUGAACGAUUCACAUCGACUGUUGAGGAGGAAGCUAUGUGUUGCACGCCUGCGGACUCUGAUUGCACUUUCGAUUAUUCGGUUACAGGGGGAUUUGAUGCAAAUUACAAAUACCAAAUAAAUUGUACGGGAAAGAGUGAAUGUGACAAGAUUCGCGUGGAUACCAUGGAAACGCCCGAUUCGUGUCCAUCCGGGUACUUGGAAACCAGCAACUAUCUGUAUAUGUAUUACUACUGCAUUCCAGUUUCAUCUAUUGGUAGAACCGACUCUGCCUCUCUUCAAGGAACAAACGACCCAUCCUACUUGUACUUAUGGAGUCCAAACUUCCCUAACCCAAUUGACUCCUCCGUGACCUCUAGCACGUGCUCUAUAGAAACUGCGUGUGGCUCCCAGAUAACCGUUUCAGCAUUGGAUAUUCGUCUGCAGAGUGACUCCACGGGAGUAUGUCGACAAAGCAUUGCAAUAAAGGACAACUCAUCGAUAAUAACAUUGGACUGUUCCAAUAAUAAUAUCUUCGUUAUUCAAGAUAUAUUCACCAGUCAGUCCAACUAUUUGGAGAUGACAUUCUCCAACGACCUUGGACAAACGAAUGGUUACUUUUGGAUCGGGUUUACAUCGGACACCUGUGGAUCGCUGAAGAUAUCGUGUCCAACAGUUGCCCCAGAAUAUGACUGUGUUGCCAACUCGACAAGUGGAUCUUCUUGUGUUACCACCACCCUUACCACUACCACAGAUGUACCUACCACAACAACCGACAUAUCUACCACAACACCAGUCGACACCUCGACCACACUUACCACUACCACUGAUGUGGCUACCACAACCACCGACACUUCGACCACACUUACCACGACAACUGACGUGCCAACAACCACCCUGACCACAACCACUGACGUACCAACUACCACUGUGACCACAACCACUGACGCACCAACUACAACUGUGACCACAAGCACUGACGCAACAACUACCACAACAACUGACGUACCAACUACCACGACAACUGACGUACCAACUACCACGACAACUGACGCACCAACUACCACAACCACUGACGUACCAACUAUCACUGUGACCACAACCACUGACGUACCAACUAUCACGACAACUGACGUGCCAACAACCACUCAAACUGAUACCACCCUUAGCUCUACAACUGACUUGCCUACGCCAAUAGUUGACCCUACCUCCACUCUUACGUCAACCACUGACGAAAUCACCUCCACCAUAAUAACAACCACUGACAUACCCAUAACCACUCUCACUGAUGCCAACACCACUUCAACCUCAACCAACAACGUGUCUACCACAACAAUAGGUGACACUACCACCAUCAUUACUACAAGCACUGAGGAACCAAAUACAACCCUGACCGUAACCACUGACAUCCCCUCCACCACCCAAUUCAACACCACCAACGAAACUACUUCAACCAUUACUACUACCACUGACGUACCGACCACCACCCUUACAACAACUACACCUACUCCCACCACUAACACCACCACUGUGUCUAAUACCAGCCCCACAACCAAUCAUAGUAAUACUGAAACACAGACCACAGCCAUAUCCCCAAUCACCUCCGCCAACACCACCACGCUUUCUGACACCACCGAUACCACGAACACCACAAACCCACCAAACAUUAUCACCUUCACAAGCAGCACCAUGGCACCCGACUCGUCCCAACCAUCGCCACGAGGUAGCGAGUCAGCAACUGCAUCUUUUCCAUGGUGGUAUAUUAUCAUCGCCAUCCUGAUCGUGGUUAUAUUGGGUUUCAUCAUCAUUGUACGAUGGAAGAAGAAACAAAAGGUUAAGUCAAAUGAUGGCGAAAAAAACGGCCUACCUGCUUCUGAUGAUAACAACACAAGACGUUCCUCGAAAGGUCCGGAGAAGUGCGGCCCAGAAUCCAACUAUAAAAACACAUUCGGUCAGAACAAAAUAGGUUUCAUCGAGGCGGAUGUUCAUGGCGGUAAACUCCCGCCUCUCAAUCCACAUGCGACUGUUAAAGAUGCAGUUCUUCCCAAUAUGGUACCAGUGCCAAUACAAGUUCCUGUGGAUUCGAACACAGUGCCUGCUAAACUACCGCCCCUGGUGCCUCCGUCUGGUACGACCGUUGAAGGUGCAUCAGAUACGACGGAGAAGCGUAAGAAGAGGAGGAAAAAGAAGAAGCAUAGAGAAAAUAUAGAAAGAAAUUCAGAAACCACACUCGAGAACAGACAAGAAGAGCAUUCUUUGGUCGAUUUCACCAAUAAGGAUAGCAAUAUGGAUGCAAAGAAUGGCAUUGAGUCUGCUCAACUUACCGGUGAACAUACAAGUAACCCUUCGAAUGAUCGGACUGCUGGCGAACUUCACAAAGACUGCACAGAAGGUCAUGCUUCGGGACAACUUGCAAAUAAUCUUCAUGAUCCUACUGCAGAAACACAUGUAAAUAACUUUUCAAAAGACGGCGCUUCAGAUGGAUCUGUAAAUAACUCCUCGGAUGACCAUUCUAUUGAACUUGCAAAUAACACUUCUAGCAAUCGAAUCUCAAAAUGUGAUAACGCCUCGAAUGAACAAAUUCAUGAAAACUUCACAAACAACGCUUCAAACGAUCACACACCACAGGGUACGUCUACAAACCCCUACACAUCAAAGGGUACGUCUGCAAGCCACAGCAUACCAGAGGGUACGUCGUCUUCAAGCCAUCACGCGCCAAAAGAUACGUUUGCAAAUCAACACAAAUUUCCGUCAGUCAGCGGUGAUGGCAAUAACGUUGAUUCUGGAAAUACCGAUAGCCGCGAAGCUUACUCGAUGGGUAGAGAGAGAAAUGCCAUCAACGGGAUAGCUAGAGGACAGAAUGGGUGGGCCAAUAAGGAUAUAAAAUCUACCAUACCUGAGUUCCAAAGGAGGGGCAGGCGGAAAUCCAGCGUGGAUCAACACAUGUUGUCUUUUUUGACGUCCUCAAGAAUUAUGAAGGGAGGUGUUGGUGGCCAAUCCCAUACUUCUGGUGAACGUCGUAAAUCAUUAGUUCAUGAGGAUAUGAACGAAGUAAUGGGCCAUGUAACAGAACGUCGGUCUUCUGUGGUUCGAAUCAAAGGAGCCGAUAACUUGAGCGCUGCCCGUCGUGGUUCUCUGAAUCACACUGGGAUCGGAGGCUCCUUUGAUGUGGAGACUGGGAGACCUAUUAAGGAGAGAAGGACCUCCCUAUCAAUGGGCGACUCAGGUGAACUUACGGGGAUAUCCUCUACGUCGAAGGAAGUUGGUCAUUUGAGGUAUACUAAGCCAGUGAUCAACCUAUAAAGGAAUCGUUCAUGUAGAAUCACUAGGCUUUUAAAGCCAAUCUGUAAACAUGCCUUGUUUGUACAUAUUCAUAUUUAUUCAUAUUUCUUCAAACAAUUGUAGACAAUCGAAGCUAUUCAGUCUUUCCUGAAAUAUUUAUUUAUUUACCAUUUAGAUAUGAUUUGUUUACCUACAUCAUAAUGACUUUGAAAAGUGAAAAUGAAAACAUCAUAGCAGAUAUCCUGUGUCUAUAUAUUGACUGAAUAUUUCCUUUAGCGAGUUAGUCAUAAUCAAUUUAUGGAAAAGAAAAAUAUAAAUACGCAAGAUAUACAGUCAAACUUCGUUAUCUCGAACAUUGAUAACUCGAAUACCCUGUCUAUGUCGAAGUAAAGUCACCUCAAAUAUCCGAAUAUCGCGAAGUACAUUUCAAUGACUCUAUUGACUUCAAGAUAACGAGGUUUCACUCUACAUGUAGUUUCAAUUUGACAUAUUUAAGAUGCAAUGAUUACAAUCUCUGCGUCUCCAAAGAUCGUACGUUAAAACAAUAACUGUAAUAUCGAGAAUGGUCAUCAUGAGGUAGGUAUAUUAUGCUAUGUAUCAUAAUUUUGUACAUAGAAAUGUUUUGAAAAGUUAAAGCGUAUCUGUGAUUUCCUGUGUCAGCACAUACAAGUAUAUUAGUAUUAAAUCAUCUGAUUUGCCUGGUAUUCGUAUCAAUAGUUCCUCCCCUGCAUAAUUGGUUAUUGAUAUUCCGCUUUCCUUAUCUCAUUGACUGGGUAAUCCUAAUACGAAUUCCUCCUAUUUGUCAUUGGAUAUUGAUAUUCUGGUUUCCACAUAAAUUCCUCCUCUUUUCAUUGGAUAUUGAUAUUUUCGGUUUCCACAUCUGAUUGGCUCGGUAGCUCUUAUACGAAUUCCUCCUCUUUUUGAUUGGAUACUGAUCUAGUAUCCUCAUCUGAUUGGCCAGGUAUUGCUUCGUGUUUGUGGUAUGACAAGAAUUUGUGUGUAGCUGAAACGUGUAUAUAUAUAUAUGUAGUUCAAUUCUAUUCGUAGUCUGUGAACUUUUUUUUACAAAAUAAACAUUGAAAAUUC